AUGGUGAAACUGGAAGCUUUUGCGGUUGAGCAGUGGAUGGACAAGUAUGAGACGACUGCCAAGUACAACACCGCCGAAACCUGCUGCGCAUCCAUUUCGAUUGACGAUCUCCGCGAGCUUUCCGAGGACAAGGACGUCAACCCGUUGAACGCGCUUCAAUCUACUAAGCUCACCUAUGGAUCCAUUCGAGGAUCUGACAAGCUGCGAGAGACGUUGAGCAAUCUAUACUCCGUUAAGAUCCCAGGGUUGGUACCCAAGGACAAUGUCCUGAUCACGGCGGGCGCAAUUCAGGCCAACUUCUUGCUGCUAUACACCUUGGUUGGGCCGGGGGAUCAUGUCAUCUGCCACUAUCCCACAUACCAGCAGCUAUACUCGGUUCCUGCAUCCCUGGGAGCGGAGGUUAGCUUGUGGAAGUCGAAAGAGGCCAAUGAUUGGCAACUGGAUAUGGAAGAGCUGAAGGGUCUAAUCCGCCCAAACACCAAGUUAAUCAUCAUCAACAACCCACAAAAUCCCACGGGGGCCAUCAUCCCUCGCGAUACACUCCAAAGUCUGGUGGACAUUGCCCGCCAGUCUUCGAUUACCCUCUUUGCCGACGAAGUUUACCGCCCUCUUUUCCACAACAUCAGCCCCAUGGACUCACAAUUCCCACCAUCUCUUCUUUCUUUUGGCUAUGAAAACAGUGUAGUGACGGGCUCAGUCUCCAAAGCAUACAGCCUAGCUGGCCUGCGAGUGGGUUGGAUUGCGUCUCGCAGUCAUUCGCUCAUCGAAGCCUGCGCCAGCUCUCGCGACUAUACCACUAUCUCGGUUGGUCAGAUCGACGAUGCAGUCGCUAGCUUUGCGCUUGCCCCAGAAUGUAUCCAUAACCUCUUGAGGCGGAAUAUCGAGUUGGCCCGGACCAAUCUCGCGGUUCUGGAAAAAUUCAUCGAUUCCCAUCGCUGGGCAUGCGAGUGGGCCAAGCCCCGUGCAGGCACCACUGCUUUCGUUCGCUUCAGCAAGAUGGGCAAGCCGGUGAACGAUAUCGCCUUUUGCGAGAUGCUUCAAGAGCGGAAAGGCGUGAUGUUUGUGCCCGGAAGCCUUUGCUUCGGGGGCGGAGAUGACUUCCAGGGCUACGUCCGAAUUGGAUAUGUCUGUGAGAUGGAGGUGUUGGAGAAGGGUCUAGAGGCUUUGCGAGAAUUUAUGGAAGAUGAUUACGAGGAAGUCCCUGCAUUGAAGAAGGCGAAGUCACUCCAAUAG